CUCUAGCACCGCGGAGGGCUAGAGCAGUUAGAGCGGCGCGGCGCUGUGUGCUGGCGGGCUUUGGGGAGACUCCGAUCGGACACGGCCGGUGCUGGGUUGGGGGCUCGCCGCCUGCAGCCAUGACCCUCGCAUUCUGUCCCUCGGCUUCGGCCCUGGAAGUCUAAUAUCCCACACAGUUGCGCGCAGCUGCUGGAGAGCCGCCGCUGCCCCCUCAUCGCCCUUGGAGCUGUAUCACACUCUGCCCGGGAGCUGGGAGCAGCGCGGGCAGUCAGAGUCCGGGUGCAAACUGGGGGUGUCUGCUGGAGCAGCCCCCGCCGCCGCCGCCGCUGCUGCCCCCGGCUCUGGCCAUGGCCUGGCGGGGCGCAGGGCCGAGCGUCCUAGGGGCGCCCGGGGGCGUCGGUCUCAGUCUGCGGCUGCUGCUGCUGUUGCCGCUGCUCCUGGGGCCGGCUUGGGGCUUCGGGGACGAGGAGGAGCGGCGCUGCGACCCCAUCCGCAUCUCCAUGUGCCAGAACCUGGGCUACAACGUGACCAAGAUGCCCAACCUGGUUGGGCACGAGCUGCAGACGGACGCCGAGCUGCAGCUGACAACUUUCACGCCGCUCAUCCAGUACGGCUGCUCCAGCCAGCUGCAGUUCUUCCUUUGUUCUGUGUAUGUGCCAAUGUGCACAGAGAAGAUCAACAUCCCCAUUGGCCCAUGCGGUGGCAUGUGCCUUUCGGUCAAGAGACGCUGUGAACCUGUCCUGAAGGAAUUUGGAUUUGCCUGGCCCGAGAGCCUGAACUGCAGCAAGUUCCCACCACAGAAUGACCACAACCAUAUGUGCAUGGAAGGGCCAGGUGACGAGGAAGUGCCGUUACCUCACAAAACCCCCAUCCAGCCUGGGGAAGAGUGCCACUCUGUGGGAACCAAUUCUGAUCAGUACAUCUGGGUGAAAAGGAGCCUGAACUGCGUUCUCAAGUGUGGCUACGAUGCCGGCUUGUACAGCCGCUCGGCCAAGGAAUUCACCGAUAUCUGGAUGGCCGUGUGGGCUAGCCUGUGCUUCAUCUCCACCGCCUUCACCGUGCUGACCUUCCUGAUCGAUUCUUCCAGGUUUUCCUACCCUGAGCGCCCCAUCAUAUUUCUCAGUAUGUGCUAUAAUAUUUAUAGCAUUGCUUAUAUUGUCAGGCUGACUGUAGGCCGGGAGAGGAUAUCCUGCGAUUUUGAAGAGGCAGCAGAACCUGUUCUCAUCCAAGAAGGACUUAAGAACACAGGAUGUGCAAUCAUUUUCUUGCUGAUGUACUUUUUUGGAAUGGCCAGUUCCAUCUGGUGGGUUAUUCUGACACUCACUUGGUUUUUGGCAGCGGGGCUCAAAUGGGGUCAUGAAGCCAUUGAAAUGCACAGCUCUUAUUUCCACAUUGCAGCCUGGGCCAUUCCUGCAGUGAAAACCAUUGUCAUCUUGAUCAUGAGACUAGUGGAUGCAGACGAACUCACCGGCCUGUGCUAUGUCGGGAACCAAAACCUUGAUGCCCUCACCGGCUUUGUGGUGGCCCCCCUCUUCACCUACUUGGUGAUCGGAACUUUGUUCAUUGCUGCAGGUUUGGUGGCAUUGUUCAAAAUUCGGUCAAAUCUUCAAAAGGAUGGAACAAAGACAGACAAGUUGGAAAGGCUGAUGGUCAAGAUUGGAGUCUUCUCAGUCCUGUACACGGUCCCUGCAACCUGCGUGAUUGCCUGUUAUUUCUAUGAAAUCUCUAACUGGGCGCUCUUCCGGUAUUCUGCAGAUGACUCCAAUAUGGCAGUUGAAAUGUUGAAAAUUUUUAUGUCUUUGCUGGUGGGCAUCACUUCAGGCAUGUGGAUUUGGUCUGCCAAAACUCUCCACACGUGGCAGAAGUGUUCCAACAGAUUGGUGAAUUCUGGGAAGGUAAAGAGAGAAAAGAGGGGGAAUGGUUGGGUGAAGCCUGGGAAAGGCAAUGAAACUGUGGUAUAAAUCUAGCCAACCUCCACGCUUUCCAAAUUUUAAAGAAGGAAAUGCCAGCAUUUUGAUGCAAAUGCUACCAAAAGUUUCAUGCAACAAAUCUCAGUGUGAACAAACUAGCUGCACGGUUAAGUGACACCCCCCCCCAACCUACCAUGACUCCCCUCCUCCCCCCAGCAUCAUAAAACUAAUGAUUUUGCUGCAGACUUUGGAAUGAUCCAAAAUGGAAAAGCCAGUUAGAGGCUUUCAAAGCUGUGAAAAAUCAUAACAUUGAUCACUUUAGCAGGUCGCAGCUUGGAGCGUGGAGGUCCUGCCUAGAUUCCAGGAGGUCCAAGGCGGUGCUGUGUUUCCCAGCAGGGUGGGAUUUGAGCUGUGAGUAGGUAAUGUGCAGGGAGAAAGCUUAAUUUUUUUAACCCUUUAAAAAUUUUAAAUACUAACUGGUCUUUCAGAUAGCAAAGCAAUCUAUAAACACUGGAAAUGCUGGGUUCAGAGAAGUGUUACAAGAGUUUUAUAGUUUGGCUGAUCUAACAUAAACAUUUUUCUGUGCUGCACUGUCUGCUGUUUAGAACUUGUGGAUUGCUCUCCCAAGAGGUGGUGUCAGGAUCUUUCAGUGCCUUUGUCAUAAAACAGAAUUGUUUGAACAAACAAAAGUACUGUACAAACACACAUAAGGUAUCCAGUGGAUUUUUCUUCUCUUCUUAAAUUUCAGCCUGUUCAAGCUGCUGCUGUUCUUUUUUUCAUUUUACAUUAAUUACUCAAAAUAGGUAUUUUUAUAGGAAUUUUUGCACUGCAGCAUGCCUAAUGAGGGGGAAAAGGAAGGGUGAUUCACUUUCUGACAAUCACUUAAUUCAGAGGAAAAUGAGAUUUACCAAGUCGACUUACCUUACCGACCCCAGAGACCUGUUGCAUUGAGCAAUGGGGACUUAAUAUAUUUUACUUUGUGUGAUUGCAUCUAUGCAGACGCCAGUCUGGAAGAGCUAAAAUGUUAAAUUUCUUGGCAACUUUGCAUUCACACAGAUUAACUGUGUAAUUUGUGUGUGUCAAUUACAAUUAAAAGCACAUUCUUGGACCAUGACAUAAUAGUAUACUCAACUGACUUUCAAACUGUGGUCAACUUGCAUUCUCCGAAUGAUAGUGCCUUCUUUUUUCUUUUAGCAUAAGAAUGUUAUCAGAAGAGUCUGGUCUACUUACCACAAUGGAGACUUUUUCAAUUUUGCAGAGGGAACUAAAGACAGCUAAUCCAACGACUUGGUGCAUAAUUGUUUCCCAGUAAUUGGCCAAGGCUCCUUAUAAGAUUUCAUUGGAGGCAGUGUGGCCUGGAGUAUUUAUAUGGUGCCUAAUGAAUCUCUAGAAUGUCAGCCAGGAGCUGAUUGGUUAGUAGCGAAUAAAGUGUAGACCCUAUGAAAUGAACUGCAAACUCUAACAGCACAGGUCUUAAUUGCCUUUUGUGGAGGUAUCCAGAGCUUUUAAAAUUUAUGCUUUAUGUUCCUGACAAGGGGGGGGGGUACCCCCUAGCAGCCUCUCAAAAGUUGCAGUUCUUUUAAAAUUGUAACUCGCCUUUUUCUUAACCUGCCUUAGGCCUUCUAAUCGCCAGAUCUCUGGGACAAAUUGUUGACACUGUCACAGGUUGCUCUCCUUGUAACUCAUACCUGUCUUUGCUUCAGCAACUACUUCGCAAUGACUCAUUUACUUAUUUAUUCAUGCACCCCCCCCCAUUUUUUUUUAAGCAGUAGGAAAACUCCUUUAUCACAUUUCUUAGUGGAAAAACAUCUCCAGGGACUCAAAAAAAUCCAAAUAGGUGGUCAGAUACUGGAAGUAAGCAUGGCUUCUUGUUUGUUUGUUUGUUUGUUUGAACUUUAUGCCCAUGGUUUGACAUUCUCCUUCCUUCCUCCCUCUGUUUUUGUGUGGCUCUUGAGUUGUCUGAGAUGAAGAUGCGUGUAAGGUCUGUUGCACAUUCUGGAAGGGAAAGUCUUGGGGCUUUAGAGACAGAUGCUAAGUGGGCAUGGGGGCUGGGGGUGGCCUGCUGUGUGUCCCAAGCCUGAGUACCUUGGCUGGCCUCCGGGUCAGGGCUUCAGGAGCAUGAGAAAGGAUCCCCAGAAGGACCAGUUGAACUCCAUCUGAGACUACAUUGUCUAUGAAAUGUACAAUGUGAACUCCCCAGGCUGCGUGCAGACAGUUCCCAUCGCUGGCCAGCGCCGAGGAACAUGCACCCGGGGGCAGAGCCUGCCCUUACUCACGCUCCACUCUAGUAUCUUGGGAGUUGUGCAGAGACUCUGGACCAGGCAAGGGAAGAAGGACCGUGCAGCCAGGCACUGGCCUUGCUGUUUGAGUGCAAGGGUUUGUAAUGCAGUUUUCUUUGUAACGUUUCAGUGAUUGUGUGACCAAGGCAGCACCUAGCAGCGGGCCAAACAGAGUAGGUGCUCAAUAUUUGUGAACUAUGAAAUAAUAAUAAUAACAAUAAGCGUACUUGAGCGAACCUGGACAUAGAGUUCUGGAGCUAGUGCCCUGACAACUUUCGGGGCUUUACCAUCUUUCUAACAAAUCUCUUGCCUUUGCAGGAGGAAGUAUAUUGGAUCAAGAGGCUGGAUUAGUCGCCUUAGCAAUGUCGCAGGGUUAUAGGCCUUUCCUUUCACAUUCCAGACAAUGGAGAGUGUUUCUGGUUUCAGGAAAGGAGCUUGUGGUGAGGAGUCAGUUACCAAUAACCUUGAAGUGACUUCAUCACCUCUUAAGUUGGUUUUGUUUAAAAAAAAAAAAGUCAAUUAUCAGCACAUGUAUUGAGUGCCAACUGUGUGUAAAGCUCUGUGUUAGGCACCUUAGGGGAUGUCACAAAGGAUAAGCUCUGUUUUUCUAACUGACCUAGACUGGGGGUGCUCCUGGCUCUGCUGAACUUCGCUGUUGGUUUGGUAAAGGUGCAGGGGCCUCUGGGUUGCCAUCUGAUUCACUGUCUCCGCCCCAUAAACCUCUUCCUGGGUCUUUCUACCUUUAACGCAUCUCCCAUCCCUUCCCAGGAUUCCCUGCAAAUCAAUGACAGGGGUUUUGACAGAAAGUAUCAGUUCUGUUUCACCGUGGGCUCUGUGGAAACCCCCUGGGAAGACUAUGAAAAUUGGCUGUAAGGACGUGAGCUCCCACAUCUAAUGUGGCUUUGGGGAUAGGCAGCUCAGGGCUUGGGGUGCUCCAUGUGACUUCUACAAGUAAAUCUGCGGACAGCAUCUUGCUAGGGAGAAGGUUACGGUUGUUUUCCUUUCUCUGCAAUCUAGAAUAAGUAGGUAUGCUUGUAACUUCCUACACAAUGCCUUGGCCUCCAGAGAUUUUAUUCAGCAGGGCCCAAGGACCUGUCCAGACCUCUGUCCAGCCUCCUCUCUGGCAAACUCCUUUCUCCUCCUUUAUAAAGGUCACAUCUCAGGGCAGAUGAACAUAGGGUAGGGUGGAACUGGCCAGAACCAUCUGGUUGAGCUACUUGGUUGAUUCAUAUCCUUUUUCCUCUAUGGAGACCUGUUUCCUGAUCUCUGAGACUGCUUCUGAACUGGCAGCUUGCUCAGGGAACUGAAACCGGAGAAGGGGGUGACACACUUUUUAUUUCCCUGAGAUAUCUCUCACUUUCCUUUCCCCAGUCGCUCCCUUACCUGCACCCCUCAAAUUCAGAAUGCGGGAAACUUCUGUAUCUAGUAGUUCUGAACUUUGGCUUUAACCAUCACCCCCAGCUCUGUCCUCGCUGGGCCCCCUCAGCCUUCUGGUCACUGAAUUGAGUGCUUACUGUUUUGGAAACCAAGCUGGGUGGGACAUGAGGAUGCAAAGAGGAACUGGACAGCCUCAGCCCUAGAGGGUGGACUCAAUUGAAGGGGAUUUCACCAGUGUGGUGCUAUCUUUGGCUUCUGGUGAGGUGGCCUCAGCCACAGUUAGGAAAGAGAGCAACAUAGCACAGACUUUGGAAGGAGCCCCCGAAAAUCUACCUACAUCAUGAAUUUCACUCUGUGAUGGAGGAGAUUGGAGAGAGUUGCAGUUUCAGCCAAGUAUUUAGAGUCACUGGACUUGGACAGUUCUUUUUGUUCCUUUAUUGUAUUUGGGUUCCAAGUCCCUGUCUGGGUUUGUAUCAUGUCUGGCAGGGGACUCAGGUUAUCGUUUUCCUCUGGGCCUACGUCUUAGAUCUUGGAAACUCCUAGGAGAGCAUUUUGCUACUCCCAGGUAUCAGAUACCAGAGCCUUAAAUAAUGGAUUUGGCUUCACUGUGGCCUGCUCAGAGUUCUCUGCUGCUGCCUCUUGCUAUGCACUUGUGCAGUAAUGGCACACUGGACAUGACCAGCAGGGAUGUGAACCCUGGACCCCCCGGCAGGCCUCUUCCCCUUGGCAAGCCCAAUUGUCCUAUAGUAGUCUGUUCCUAUUUCUGAGUUACCUUAUUUCCCUUCUUUGCAUGAGCAAAUUCCCAGUAUUUGCCCAGACCAUUGGUAGAGGGCCUAUUUUUCUUACAAGCUUUUGUAGCUCCCUGAUCCCCUCCAAUAGUCAGUACAUGACCACUGUCAUCCCAGAAGGCUUCUGAGAAGAGGGGCAAGAGUGGCCCUGCCCCCUGACUGCUGAGCCCACCUUCUCUCCCAGGUAUGCACCUUUCCACACCCUGUGAAUGGGCUCAGGCCCUGCUUGGGCUUUGGGAGGGGCAGGCUGCUUUCUAGGUCUCUCCCAGUGGGGCAUCUGGUGGUUCUGAAUUUUUUCCUACCUCACAGGGAUGUUGUAAGACUUUACAGGGUCUGAGGAUGAAGGCCCCUCGACCUCUUGAUAGGAAGGGUGGAAUAUAUACCAGCUGUGAUCCGUGAAAAGAUGAAAUGUGAUUCAGCCUGCUCAUGCAGCAGUCAAGCUAGUGCUCUGUGGCCUUUUCCUGGACCCCUGUGCCACCCUGCAGCUCCAGCCACCUCGAGGCCAACCUGGGGACUUUCAGAUGUUCGACAUAGAGGUACCAGGAAAACCCCAGCUACACAUGCCCUGAAUGAAUUGCUGAACAUCAAAGGAAGUGGACCCUGCUUUUAAGGAUGUACAAAUGUAUGUUUGCAUUGAUGUCUGUACUGUAAAUUUCUAAUUUAUCGCUGUACAAAAAAAAUAAAAUAAACUUUGCUAUUUAAUUUUUGUAUUAAAGGAAAAUAAAGUUUUGUUUAUUACA